UAGAAGUGUUUCUGAUUUCAUAUUUUGUUAUGUAUCAUUAAAUAUUCCAUAGAAACUAUUCAAAUUAACGUUUAUCGUUGAAAAUCAAUAUUGGUAAUGGUGGUUAAUGUUCAAGUAUCAUACACAGAAAUUUGCUGCUCGCUUGGGCGUAGAGAAUAUAUUAUGCAUAUCAGCGUAUCUGUUUUGUUUGGAGUGAUUUUAUUUGCAAGAAGGACUCGGAGAACGGUAGACUCAAGUUAAUCUUAUCACUAGGACAAAAAUCAUUCUGAGGCGAGAACGGUACACUGAAACAAUUAAGAAGAUGACUGGCCCGGUGCUGGUAAUGGGCGUGAUAUUGUUGACAGCUGGACUUCACAGAACAGAUUGUAUGGUAUACCACGUGACCUUCCUUGGCAAGGACCACAUCGAAAAUGGCGAACCAACAGUUGGAGAACUACGCUAUCAAGGAACAGGAAACACGCCGACUGUAAUAAACGAAGUAGGAUGCGAAUGGAAGCAAGAAGGCACAACGAACAUAAAGAAGUUAGUUCCAAAAGGAAAUUGCCUGGGGCUUGUUCCAAAGUCAGUUGGCAUUUCCCCAGCUGGUUUCAAAGUAGAGUCGCAUGGUGAAUUUAUUUUGCACGUGUACCAAUCGGAUACUACAGGUACCCUCGCAGACGGUUUUCUUGCAAUUCCAGACGAGCACCUUGGUACAGAGUAUUACGUUGUUACUUACUGUUCAUUGGGAGGUUUCUGUCAGUUUGCUGUUGUGGGAACUGUCGACAAAACUUCGGUUAACAUCGUGUUUCCUCGACAAGUUUCGCCAGACAUCAUAACUUGUAAUGGAGAAACACUUCCGGUCAACGCGCCACCUGGCGAACCGAUACCAUUCUUUCUAAAUGAGAACGAGGUUUUGCAUAUUGAGAGCACUGAGAACAAAACUGAUUUAUCAGGAACAUACAUAGCAUCGGACCACGAAGUAGCAGUUUUUGUUGGCGCACGAGACGUUCCUACUGCUAGCGGAUCUGCAGCCUAUAUGAUUGAACAAAUCCCUCCAGUCAACAAAUGGGGAACAGACUUUGUUGUAGCCCCUAAUUAUCUAAACGAUGCAGGCGACAUCAUCAAAAUCGUGACUAAAAGUGAAGAAACUACCGUCCAUAUUCUUGGAUUUUCGCCAUUCACUAUUUCUUCCAAGGGAGAAUCGAUAGAGCGGCGAAUCGACUGGGAGGUGCACAGCAGUAUUCAUGCAUCAGAACCAAUCCUUAUUGUCCAGGUCAUGUCUCUAAACAUCUACAAUGACACGACAAUAGUGACCGGAAGUCCAGCUAUGGUGCUGGUUCCCCAUAUUAAGCAGUGGACAGACAAAGAGGAGUAUUAUUCUGACUGUUUACAGAAAGCCGAGAAUCAGAGUAUUUUAACUACGGUAGCAGAAACGGGUAAUACAGGGUCUAUUACGUUGUUGCUGACGCAGGGUGGUGAUUUGCUCCCUAAUUGGACAACUAUCAAUGGUUCCGAUUAUAGUGUCCAAAAGAUCGGACCAAUGUCUCCUGAAAGUGAGGCAAGGCAUUCACAAGGAGCAAAUCGCAGCACUUAUGGAUAUUGCGAUGGAAAGUCUGCAGUACUUUUACAUGCAAAAUGGGAUUGGGAAAAUGAGGAAUGUAUUCCCACUGCUCCUGCACCUGGCGACAGAAUAGACAACGACUGCGAUGGUAAAAUUGAUGAAGACAAUUGUACCCAAAAUGACAGGCGCAUUGAGUUCACUUCUACGCAAGACGCCGAAACAGGGGAGGCAACUUUCAAAUCAAUUAAUGUCAGAGGAGCGUCGCCGGUUCAUUUCAGAGUUACAAGUUGCGACAUUGUCGUGGUAUCACUUAGGACUAGUAGUGAGCCUGUCAUGUCAUACACAGCUCGUAUAACACCCUCGCUCGUUUUGUUACAAGCAUGUACGCCUGAAUGUGAGACUAAAACUAUUUCGGUAAGUGGCGAAAUUUUUCAGAAGAACAAGACAAAAUAG